AGAUUAUCAUUAGUUUGCGAGAAAUCCGACUUGUCCCGUGUACACUGAACACAACGCUUUCGUCACUUCCCUCACGCUGACGCCAACUUGCAUCAUUUCUUGUAUCUUGUCAACUGGAGCUAGACAACAUACAUCAUCAUGGUGGAGCCUGUGCCGGAGUCCAUCAACUUUCCCGCACAGGAAGAGAAGAUCCUGCUGCUGUGGAAGGAGAAGGACUGUUUUUACGAGUGCCUCAAACAAUCCAAGAACAGGCCAAGGUACACCUUCUAUGAUGGACCACCCUUUGCCACGGGUCUACCUCACUACGGUCACAUCCUAGCAGGCACCAUCAAGGACAUUGUUACUCGCUUUGCCCAUCAGAGUGGCUUCCAUGUGGACCGACGCUUUGGCUGGGAUUGUCAUGGCCUUCCUGUGGAGUACGAGAUUGAUAAGACCUUGGACAUAAAAGGCCCUGAUGAUGUAGCCAAGAUGGGCAUCGCGGAGUACAACAAACAGUGUCGAAACAUCGUCAUGAGAUACUCUCACGAGUGGGAGGUUUCAGUCAAUAGGAUGGGUAGGUGGAUCGACUUCAAAAACGACUACAAGACCCUCUACCCAUGGUUCAUGGAGACUGUCUGGUGGGUGUUCAAGCAGCUUUAUGACAAGGGUUUGGUGUAUCGUGGUGUCAAGGUUAUGCCUUUUUCUACUGCGUGCAACACACCACUCUCCAAUUUCGAAUCUCACCAGAACUACAAGGAUGUUCAAGAUCCAUCGGUUAUUGUCAACUUCCCACUGCUCGAUGACGAAGACGUGUCUCUUAUUGCGUGGACCACCACUCCGUGGACACUACCCAGCAACCUAGCUCUCUGUGUCAACCCGGAUUUGUCCUAUGUCAAGGUCCAAGAUAACACCACCAACAAGACGUACAUCAUGAUGGAGUCUCGGCUGGGUGCGCUCUUCAAGUUGGAGAGCGAGUACACGCUCCUGGACAAAUUCCCUGGCAAAAUGCUGAGUGGAAAAAAGUAUAAGCCUCUUUUCAAGUAUUUUGCCAAGUGUGGCGAGAAAGGAGCAUUCCAGGUGGUGACUGAUAACUAUGUCAAAGAGGAAGAGGGCACAGGAGUAGUCCAUCAGGCACCUUACUUUGGAGCUGACGAUUACAGGGUGUGCACUGAAUACAGCAUCAUCCAGAGAGACCAGGCUCCGAUCUGCCCCGUGGAUGCCUCUGGCUGCUUCACAUCAGAGGUCACCGAUUUUACAGGACAGUACGUCAAAGAUGCGGACAAGAAUAUCAUCAAGUGGCUAAAGGAGAAGGGUCGCCUUGUCAACUCUAGCUCUUUCAAGCAUAGCUACCCAUUCUGCUGGAGGUCAGAUACCCCCCUGAUCUACAAAGCUGUGCCCAGUUGGUUUGUCCGUGUGGAGCACAUGGUACAGAAGCUUCUGAACAACAAUGGACAGUGUUAUUGGGUGCCUGAUUUUGUACGUGAGAAGCGGUUCGGAAACUGGCUGAGGGAUGCACGUGACUGGGCCAUUUCCAGGAACCGUUACUGGGGCACGCCAAUCCCCAUGUGGGUCAGCGAUGAUUACGAGGAGGUAGUGUGUGUGGGCUCCAUUGGUGAACUGGAGGAACUGACAGGUGCCAAAGUAACUGACCUUCAUCGAGAGAGCAUCGACCACCUGACCAUACCCUCGCGUUGUGGCAAAGGGGUUCUGCGUAGGAUCACCGAGGUGUUUGACUGUUGGUUUGAGAGCGGUAGCAUGCCCUACGCCCAGGUCCACUACCCCUUUGAAAACAGAAAGGAAUUUGAGGACACUUUCCCGGCGGACUUUAUCGCCGAGGGCAUUGACCAAACCAGGGGGUGGUUCUACACCCUGCUUGUGCUCUCCACAGCGCUGUUUGGUAAACCGCCCUUCAAGAAUGUCAUCGUUAAUGGCUUGGUACUUGCUAGCGAUGGACAGAAGAUGAGCAAGCGCAAGAAGAACUACCCGGAUCCCGGGCUCAUAGUGCAGAGCUAUGGCGCUGAUGCCCUCAGACUGUAUCUCAUCAACUCCCCAGUGGUAAGAGCGGAAAACCUGCGUUUCAAAGAGGAAGGUGUUCGAGACGUGUUGAAGGAUGUCUUCCUGCCGUGGUACAAUGCCUAUCGCUUCCUAGUGCAGAAUGUGCAAAGGUUACAAAAGGAGGAUGGCAUUCAGUUCCUGUAUAACGAGAACACCGCGAAGCAAAGUGACAACAUCAUGGACAAAUGGAUUCAGUCCUUCACGCAAUCUCUCAUCCAGUUCUUUAAGGCAGAAAUGGAUGCAUACCGUCUCUACACUGUGGUGCCUCGUCUGGUCAAGUUUGUGGAUAUGCUUACCAACUGGUACGUCCGUACCAAUAGACGCCGCCUGAAGGGCGAGAGUGGUACUGAGGACUGUCUGUGGGCGCUGGAAACCCUCUUCACUGUUCUCUUUUCCAUGUGCAGGCUGAUGGCUCCUUUCACACCCUUCAUCACAGAGAUGAUGUACCAAAAUCUGCGUAACCUUGUUGACCUCGCCUCUUUGGAGGAAAAGGACACGGGCAGCAUCCAUUAUCUCAUGCUCCCCCAAGUCAGGGAGAAUUUGAUUGACAAACGCAUCGAGAACGCUGUCUCUCAGAUGCAGUCCGUGAUCGAGCUGGGACGUGUCAUCCGUGACAGAAAGACCCUGCCAGUGAAGUAUCCACUGAAGGAGGUGGUCGUCAUUCACCAGGACCCAGAAGCACUCAAAGACAUCCAGUCACUACAGAAAUACAUUUUGGAAGAACUCAAUGUGCGGCAGCUAACCAUUUCGACGGACAAAGACAAGUAUGGCAUCCGUCUGCGGGCCGAACCGGAUCACAUGGUCCUAGGCAAGAGGCUGAAGGGGGCGUUCAAAUCCAUCACUGCUGCAAUCAAGGAGCUUACCAGCGAACAACUUGAAGCCUUUCAGAAGAAAGGUUCUAUCAUGGUAGAUGGCCACGAGCUUCACGAGGAGGACCUGAGACUGAUGUACACAUUUGGUCAGAGUUCUAAUGCAGCUGCUCAAUACGAAGCCCACUCUGACUCACAGGUGCUGGUAUUGUUGGACGUUUCCCCAGACCAGUCCAUGUUGGAUGAAGGAGUGGCCAGAGAAGUCAUCAACCGUGUUCAGAAACUACGCAAGAAGGGCCAUUUGGUACCGUCGGAUGAAAUCACAGUGUAUUACCGCUGUCAGCCAGACGGGGAGUACUUGGGCUCAGUUAUCCAGGCUCACACGGACUUCAUUUUGGCGACGACAAAGGCGCCUCUUCUUCCAUACCCUGUCCCUAAGCGUGCCACCAUCAUCAUCGAAGAAAAGACACAGUUGAAGGGCUCUGACUUGGAGCUAACAAUCGUCAAGGGUUCUUCAGCACCACUGAUCGCUUUAAAUGGACCAGCUUGUGCUUACGUCAACAUCAGAGUGAAAGCCAACGGCAAACAACAAGAAGGGGUGGUGCUGCUAGAGAAUCCAAAAGGUGAUAACGGGAUAGACGUGGACAAGUUAAAAAUCGUGUGCCGCAGCAUCUUUGGGACAAACAAUGCCAAGCUCAAACUCUUUAACGAUGGCAAAGAGUUGGCUAGUAAAGCAGACCUGCGGGCCCUGAGUGGUAAAACUUUGUCAGUGACUACAGACACGGCCUCCCCUGGGUGCAAGACCUCCGACAGUGCCCUUGCAUGUCCAUACGUGAACCUGAUGCUCUGCGAUGCACAGCCCGCUGAGUGCAAAACGGGACAAGUGGGCACCCUCCUGUUGGUCAACCCAGUGGGACAAAAUGGUCUAGAUGUCAAAGGCCUGCUGUCAGAGGCCGCAAAGGUCUUCGGCCUCCGCGGCAGACGGGUCAGACUCUACAUGGACCAUGAGCUCAGCCAGGAGCUGCCUGCCAAUUCUGUCGUAAAAUCUUUGGACACCAAAACUCUGUUUGUGAGAGUUCUCCCCACCACAGCGGAAUCAUAGAACCCAAGGAAGGACAACACCAUAAGACUUUGCCAACAUUGUUACAGUACAGCUUUGUAAUUGAAUUUUUGCUCUAUAUGGCUCUAAAACUAUUACAGACUGUAUGUGAAUCAACUCGGGAUCAUGCAAUUUUUUUAAGACCCGUAAAAGCACACUAAGACCGACGUAGCAGAGAUCCCCUAUGGAAAAGCGUUAAUUAUGCGCCUGUGGGUUUCUUUCCUAUUUAACGCCAAAACUUGCAAUGUGUUUCUUUCCCAAAGUCAUUUGAGGUAAUUAUAAGGGUCCAGAGUAAUUACGGCUGUGGCAAUUAAUUGGGCGCACCAAUUCGCCUUAUUGUGCCCAUUGUGUUUAGAAUUGAACAGAUAAACCUCUCAUUACUUUGUGAAUCUUCAUUUGGAAAGUUAAAAUGAAAUUUUUGGGCGACUGAGCUUUUGGUUCGAUCUAUUGCUGUGAAAUGGAAUAAAUCAAUGGUGGAGGAAAAUGAGCUUUUUUAUUGGUCUGCUUGUCACUGGGAAACACGUCUAGUCCCGCAGCAUUAACCUCAUUUGCUCUUUUGUUUAUCUGCACGACUCACACACUUUGUCCCAAUUGUUCGUCUUACCUUUUUUAAUUGCAAGGUCGCCCAUUAAAGGCAACAAAGGGGAUUAAAGAUGCUUUGAACGGCAGUAAUGCGGCAGGACAAUAAAAAAUACAGCAUCCCACCCACAGCAAGAAAAACAACUUACAUGCAAUGCAACAUUAAGUGAAGUGGUUAAAAUAAAGAGGACGAGUGACAUUAGUGCCUGAAGUAAUGAGUGGUGGGAGAAAAUAUUUGUGUUUUGCCAGUGGUGAAUGAAUUACUUUUCUUUGUUUUACUUAAGUAAAAGUACAGAUACAGGUGCAAAAAAUACAUAAAGUACAAGUAUCUAAGAAAACGUUUUCUCAACUAAAAGUACAAAAGUACCUGCUUUAAAAUUUACAAGUAAAAAAUAAAAGGACAACCGACAUAAAAUUUGACUCGCCAGUUGUUUCUACGUCCGACGACAUGCUCGAAAUAUGACGAUUUAUCACAGCGCCGCAGUUUCGUUGUUUUCCCGCAAGACGGAAGGCAGAUUUUCUUGUCAGAGAAAUCAACACGGGUUCCAACAAUGUUCGUGCAGGUUGUGAAAAAGGUGAGGCUUACCAUUGAAAUGAAGAUGGAAAUGACAGAAAAAUAUGAGCGUGGUGUGCGCGUCCAUGAACUGGCUCGACAAUGCGACCGUAGACGGCUUAUGAUCUCGGCGUCCUCCUCCAUUAGCUAGUAUUUAAAAGAUAAGAUGCCAAUUAUUAUUGUAAUCACCAGCUUUGUCAGGUUUUUAAUCAUUUAUUUCAGAACUUGUGCAGUACAACAUGCCUACUGUCCACCGCAACAGAAUAUAAAAAGUAAAAAGUCCUCUCUCACUCUGACAGGACAGCCACGUAAAAAUACAUCUGCCACAUCAGAACCUGAUUCGUUACAUUAUCACAGGUAUUAUUACUAUACUUCCAAAUUGUAUUCAUGAAUGAUAUACAAUACUUAACUAAUUUGCUCCCAAAAAAGUAUGAAUAUGUUCUAUUUUUAAUUGUUUCAGUGGCCCAAAGACGUGUUUAUACGUUUUUUUCACAAGAGACAUCUCUAGGUUCUGAUUCAACUUAGCUCCAAAGCACAAAGCUGAAAAUCCAUUUUAAAGCAAACUGGCCAAAGGAGGGCAGUAGCGCAUUUGGUAAGACCCCAACCCGAUUCAAUGGAAUGAACGGUGGGCCGCAUGGCCGGGGCGCAGGCGGAAGAUGACCAAAUGGACGUCCAGGAUGCCAGGCGGCGGACAACCGAGCAGAACAACCGGGUGGAUACCCGGAAUUCCAGGCGCUGGACGACCAAGCAGAACGACCGGGACCACCAGUGCAGCGGACGAUGCCAUUGAGUCCGUGCUAGAAAGACUUAAAAAAAAUCCAUCUUUAUGAGACAGGCGGCGAUGAGGGAAAAGUUUACCCCGGCCGUCGCGGCAACAACAGUAUCAUCUCUGUUAUGUGUAAAUUAUUACUUUGCUAUCAAAAGCUCCAUUUGUCUUGUUGUUUAUGUUAAAGGGAAACAUUAUUCAGAUGUUUGGGAUGUCACUAAAGAAAUAAAUAGUUGUGUUAAAGUCAAAGUUAUGUAUGUAAUGUAUGCGUUUACAAAAAGCUCAAUGUCUCUUUUUUUUUCAUGAGAAAUUGGAAAAUUGCUCAAGCUAAGCUAUUUUCUAACUCUGACUUUUAAAGAAUGGAAAAAGAUGUGAACUAACUUUUUUAUCCUGCGGAAAGAAGAGAGUCUAAUCUUUGUUUUGGUGGGUUCCAUGUUUAUAUAGCAAUAGAACAGAAUUUUCUGUGGGCCUUGCAAAAUCAGUCAAAAUCCAGUAAAACGGCCGGGAGCAAAGGGGUUGCACCAGUGAAAAUGGCUGGGAGUGAAUGAGUUAAAGUAGCCACCCUUGGCUCUGAUUACUUUUUUAUACUCCUGCCAUUCUCUUGGAUGAGCUUCAAGAGGGAGUUACCUAAAAUGGUUUUUGACUUUACAGGUAUCCCUUUUAAUGGUUGAUUAGUGGAAUUCAUUGCUUUAUCAAUGGGUUUGGGACCUUCAUUUGUGUUGCAUUGAAUGAGGUGUGUUCAGACUUUUGGCUUCUACUGUACAUACAGAGAUCUGAGUCCAUAUUCAAAGAGAGAACCAGAAAAUUCAUUGAUUGCUCAGUUUUAUUUUAAACUGUGUGGAAUGGAAAAACAAGCAAUAAAAUAGACUGCACAAUAAACAAGUUUACAAGCUCAAAAACUCUUAAAGCUAAAUGGCGGAUUGCAAGCAACUAUCAGGUAUCAGACACAUACUAUACAAAAGUGUGCAGCAUCUAUCUGAAGGUGCACUGCUUUCACUGUUGGUUAUAUUGGUCAAUAUCUUGUUCACCUGCCUAAUCUUGCUUGUACUUGUGUUGCUUACGCUAAUGAUCAAUUGCGGUAUAGUUGCGCGGGGCUUAUCGAUUGUGCCAAAAGCAUGAAAACGAAACUAUCAAUUCACAAUGAGAACUUCUAACACAGGUGACAAUUUGAAAAGUAGUGGAGUAAAAAGUACAUAUACCUGCUAUAAAAUGUAAUGAAGUAAAAUAAAAGUACCACUUCCUAUUUGUACUGAAGUACAGGAACGAAGUACUUUUACUUUGUUACAUUCCACUUCUGUAUUUUGCAGUGUCAUUGAACAAAAUAUAUCAAAGUGUUAUACAAAACAGUGACAGUAUUUCAUUGGAACAGCUCACAUGUGUACUUCACUCUUUGGCUGCCAUGGAUAUCCAAUCCAUUUUAACUGGGAGGGGCUAGCGUUCCCGUUCAAACUGGAUUGGACAUCAAUCAAUGGCAAGUAAUGAGUUAAUGACAAGCUAUACCGUCCUUCUGUCGUUGGCGUUUUUCUUCACUUAAUGCCAGAAUAAUAGGCUAUGUAUAUCUCAGCAUUAGGCCAAGCCCCAUGAAAUCAGAACGUUGCAAAUGGCUUCUU